AUGGCGUCACUUGAACAGAGACCACUGGAUGAGGGAAUAUCUCUCGAAGACAGUGCUAUCGUUUCGCCAAGCGGCUCCUUGCUUCUGUAUGCAGAUGGUGAAGCCAAGAAAAAUAGAAAGCAUGAUUCCAAGCGAACGAAGAGAAUGGCAUGCGUCGAAUGCCGGCAACAGAAAUCAAAGUGUGACGCGCAGGUGCGAGCGCCAGAAGCAUGCACGAGGUGCACCAAGAAAAGACUGCAUUGUUCUAUGGAUACAGAGUAUAAGAGAACUGUGAAACGAGACAGGGUAGCCCAAAUGGAAAAGGAGUUUUUGGCUUUGCGCAAAAGUCUAGAAGAGGCGGGAGCCCAGGGUUUGAUAGCGAAACAUAUGCCUGGGGUGGAUACAGUGUUGGCCAACCAGAGACCCAGUGCGUCUCCCCCACAACAGGCCCACCAACCUGUAUCGCAGCCCACUUUGUUCUUACCUCCAAUAAGAUCUGCUUUGCAGAUGGACAACAGGACGAUGUCGCCUUCUAUUCUUCUGAGUCAUAAUAAGUCGUUGACUCCGCCAAUAGCAUCUCUGAAUAAUAGUCGCGAUAAUUCAGUUUCAGCAGCAAGAGAUGAACAUUCACAUUUCAAGCGGCCAUAUGAUUCGUCAACGGUGAUCGACAGUGGACCCUCUGUCUCCAGAAAUGAGGACACAGCAUUCUACUUUGGAAGCCAAAUUCCAGGUCCGAGUGUUGUGCCUAGAAUGGAGUGUUCAGACGAAAUGUGUGCUUGUGAGCCAAAGACUCUGGGAGAAGUCUCUCUGAACUCGCAACAGAUAGCCGCACUUUAUCGCGAAUUCGUGAUGAAUUACCAUCCCAUGCUGCCUGUGGUUGAUGUGCUGAAGGGAAUAGAGAGACUGUUCAAGCUGUGUCCUGUUCUGUUCUGGACUAUCAUGUUCACGUCUUCGAGAAGACAUCAUUCAGAGACCAUUUCCAAAGAGGAAUCGCACGAUCUUUAUACCAGAUUGUCCCCGAUCCUGAAAUCUGCACUUGCAGAACUAACUAUUUCACCGAUCACACGAUAUGCCCCUACAGAGCUUGAUGAACCGAUCUUGAAUGUGUCGAGUGUCUACUCAGUCCAAGCCUUUUUGCUCUAUUCUUUCUGGCCUCCACUGACAUCUUCUUUAUCUGCAGAUACCAGUUGGAACACCGUCGGAAUUGCCGUUUACCAGGCCAUUAGAAUAGGUCUUCAUUUGCCAGGCCAUUCCUCAGACGGUAUCAAGACUUCAAACUUGGACUUGCUCGCAGAGCAGAUGAGAACUUGGAUCGCCUGUAAUAUUGUUUCUCAGACGGUAGCGACCACUUUCGGAUUUCCAGGAUUUACCCAGUUUGAUGGGACUGUUUCGGUGAGUCGAAGAACUGGAAUGGGUUCUGACAUUCCCCAGGCAUUGAAACAGAUGGUUGCAAUCCAGCAUUUUGAAGACCAAGCAGCGAAAACGUUAAACUCAAAUCCUUUGGACCCAUUGAUGCUAAGCAGUGCUUCUGAUAAGUUGUCUUUACUUCAAGUUUUGUCAAGAGAACUAGAUCAACUGGAGCUGAGUUUUGCUUCUGGAGACAUGGAUCCCAUGGACGAUGCUAGGAGAUUCUCGCUUUUGGCUGCAAGAUUGCACCUUUCAACUUACCACUUCCUGGACACCGCAAAAGUCGCAACUUUUGAGCUUGAAAGAGGGUUGGUGGUGGCAUAUAACGCAGCCCUAGCUCUCAUAUCGCACUGUAAUAAUGCUCAAAUGCGCGACAAAAAGUUCAUCAAAUAUCUUCCGGGAGUUUAUGUGGUGACUCUUUGGCAAGCCACCUGCAUCAUCGCAAAACUAAUCCACUCUCCUUUUGGUAGGGUGUUGGACAUUGGAGGAGGAAAAGAGUUGUUCCAGGCUGCUGUUGAUCUUAUGAUGAAGGCCUCAGUUAUCAAGCAUGAUAUGGCAUAUCGGUCUUCGGGAAUCAUGAGAAGCAUGUGGGCGUUAUUCAAGGCUCUGAAUGAUGCGGGAAGAAUAUCUGGAAACGGCGUCGUCGUGAGAAGCAGGAUGUCUGCCAGUGUCUUUUUCGAUUGUCUCUGGGUUCUACGGGAGCAAUCUGGUAUGAUCAAAUUAAUGCCCAAGAGGCUCCAUAAACAAUCGGUUACCACUGACAUGAAUGGGGAGUCUGUGGUAGUUGUAGAUGAGGAAGGAGAAAGCAGCAAAGAGACAUCAAACGACCCUGAAUCAGAGUUCGGAGAUUACUCUUCAGAAGAAGGCGGCUCGGUUAUUGAAGGAGACGACCCGGAGCAAAUUUCACCCGAGAAUAAGUCUUCCAAGAGCACUCCAACUAGCAUUCCUUCCAUGGGGUCUUCGCAAAGACGGAAAACUAGAACGCUGUCGGCUACCAUCCAUCCUGAAUCUUCCGCAAGAAAAAUCAUUAAGACGAUUCCACUGGACCCAAGACCAAUAUCCAUAACCUCGCCCACUUCUACAUUUUUACAGCAGGUGGUGAACCCUUCAAAGUCACCGGAGUCUGAAAAAUCAAAGAGAUCGCCAAAUUUUCAGCAGGCCAACAGGGCAAGAGCCAAAAGACGUCAUGCAGAUAUGGAGACGUCGUCUAUAAAGUCGCCAAUUAUGAUGGCAAAAGGACUUCAGGCAGGUACCCCGGGAAGCAGUCUUACGAAUGGGUCUCCUGUAAGUGAGCCGCAGCCGUUGGACUCGUGGGACGUAGUGGAGAACUGGGAUUCAGACGUAUUAUGGAGAGAUAUAGACUCGGUGAUGAAUGACUUUGGUUUCCACGCAGACGACACUACAAGGCACUCAUCUGGUAUCGAGACCCCAAUCCACCCAAAUAUUGUUAAGAAAUAA